GGCGGAUCCAGCGAAGGCAGAGCUCAUGUCUGCCUACACCGUCAUAGCACUCUUGGAGAACUCUAAAGACAUCGACAGCGCUUAGAUGGAUGACACCGACGUAGAGAAGGCAGAGUUCAAGAUGGCGCUUGACACCAGCAUACAGUACCUCGUGUCUAGAGUGUCGGCGAUGGACACUCCGUACGAACUGGCGUUGACAAACUACGCUCUGACUCUAGCCAACCAUCCGGCUCAGACGGACACUCGCAAGAAGCUAGAGAAACUUGCAAAGGAAGAAGAUGGCAUGAAAUACUGGAAGAACGCCGAAGAACAACCGAAGUCGGCCGACUGGUGGUACUAUCACAGCCACCCGUCUGUUGACAUUGAGAUGACCUCGUACGUGUUACUAUCGCAUACCUACCGCAAGGACAUCGAAGGCGCGCUACCCAUCAUGAAGUGGCUGGUCAGCCAGAGGAACGAGCUUGGUGGCUUUUCCUCCACACAGGAUACGGUGAUAGGACUUCAGGCGCUAGCUGAGUGGGGCGAGCUGUCAGAUCCGGAGGCAAGCGCAUGCAGAUUGACGUCACAGCCGGACAGAAGAGUCACCGAUUCACCAUCAAUGACCGCAAUGCCGAUACACUGCAGUCAUGGGUCGUCGGCUCUAAGGAGCGUGGUGUGCGCUACACGGCGUCGGGCCGUGGCACCGGCCUGCUACAGAUCACCUACCAGUACAAUGAGCUGCAGGAUCUACUUCCGCCCGCAUUCAACACGAGCGCCAAGGCCUGGAAGAACGCCGACAAUUCCAUUGACUUGGAAGUGUGCACGAGAUACAUGAAGGCAGGCGAGAGUGGCAUGUCUGUCGUAGAGGUGAAGUUCCCGUCGGGUAUCAAGGCGAAGAACUUGAAAUAAAAACGGGAAUUCGAAAAAAUGGACUGUGAGAAACUAACCGAUCUACAGAGAGCUGAAGCAACAGCUGACGAAGGCACAAGCGUGAAAACCUGCACUAGAAUAAGUUUGAGGAAACAUGGAUAAAUCUGUGCGUCGACU